AUGGAGCUCUCACCUUCCGCCGCCUCAACGGCUUCCUUCAAUACAAGCGUGAAUCAGGAUGCGCCACAGAUCAAACAGGAGAAGCGCAUUAUUUUUGUCGGAGCUCCCGGGUGCGGGAAGGGAACGCAAAGCAGUCUUUUGAAGGACCGAUUUAAGCUUGGCCACCUCUCAACUGGCGAUAUGCUUAGAGAGGCUGUAGCGGCUAAGACUGAACUCGGCAAACAGGCCAAGAUGAAAAUGGAUAACGGCGAGUUGGUCAGCGACGACAUUGUUCUUGGUUUAAUCGAAGACAAGAUAACAGGACCAGACUGCAAGUAUGGUUUCAUUCUGGACGGGUUUCCACGAAACACAACUCAAGCUGAAGGCCUUGACCAAAUGGCAAAAAAAAGCGGACAGUCGAUUGACGCCGUCAUCUACUUCGACAUUUCGGAUGAGCUUCUUAUCGGACGCAUUUGUGGCCGCCGUGUCCAUCUUCCCUCUGGUCGAGUUUACCACGUGCAAUUCAAUCCACCAAAGCGGGAAGGACUCGAUGAUGUAACAGGAGAGGAAUUAACCCACCGGAAGGAUGAUAACGAAGAGACCCUCAAGAAGCGUCUUGAUGUCUUCCAUCGUGAGACAAUGCCCCUCAUCGAAUACUAUAAACAGAUGGGUUUGCUCCACACAAUUGACGCGAGUGCUCCAGUCAGCAAGAUUACAGAGAAACUGUUGUCUAUCGUUGAAGACAUUUCUAUAGGUCAUUGA